AUGACUGCAUGGUCAUAUCAACUGCCUAUAUUUGAGGUGGAAACCCAUUUGUUUAUUAAAGGGAUCAACCCAGAUUACACCCAGUGGAUAUUUCAUGGGGAGGAGGAGACAAUAUUGUAUGUCAGUGAUGAUGAUAUUGGUGACGAUAUCAUCCAAGAAGACGAUUACAUAGAUGACAUGCAGCAUAUGUUGGAUGACAUUCGGGCAAGCAUCUUGGUUGAUGUGCUCGAAGAUAGCACUCUUGCACCAAAUAGGCCACCAAUAACUGUAGAUUCACCAGCACCAUCUUUUGACCAGCUACUAGAGGAUGCCCGACGUCCCCUUUUUGACGGGUGUACAAAAUUUUCAAAGCUGUCAUUCGUUGUCAAGUUGUUACACAUCAAAUCAAUCGGUGGAUGGUCAAUUAAGUCAUUUGAUAUGCUCCUUGAUUUGUUGCGGUCUGCCUUUCCUGAUGCCCUCUUGCCACAAUCAUAUGAGGAGUCAAGGUCUUUGGAGCGCGGUUUGGGCUUCAAGUACCACAAAAUCCAUGCGUACCCCAACGACUGCAUCUUAUUUUGGAAGGAAAAUGCCGCUCUUAAUGAAUGCCCUCGUCUCUUUAUGUCUGCAAAGAUAGCAGGUGAUAUGCGAUGGCACCAAGAACAACAGACGGUAGAAGCUACUUGUAUGAGACAUCUGGCCGACUCUGAGUGCUUGAAGAAAUUUGAUGAACAUCAUGGUUGGUUCGCUGCGGAUCCUCGCAAUGUUAGGCUCGGUCUGGAAGAUGGGGUACCUACAUAUGAUGCCUCAACUAAGGAGACGUUUAUGUUGCAUGCUGUCUUAUUGUGGACAAUCAAUAAUUUUCCUGCCUACGGGAAUCUAUCUGACUGGUCAACAAAGGGAAAAUUGGCUUAUCUAUCUUGUAAUGCCGACACAGACUCCAAUUGGUUGAAAUAUGGCCGAAAACAUUAUUAUAUGGGACAUCGACGUUUCUUACCACCAGAUCACAUAUGGAGAAGGAGGAAAGGGUUGUUCAACGGUAGAGAAGAUCAUCGUAUGCCACCAAGGGAUAUAGGAGUUGACGACAUUCAAAAUCAAUUGCAGAUGAUUGGGGAUGUUCAGUUUGGCAAAUCUCAUAGGAAGAAAAAAUGCACUGCUGAAGAGUUGAACUGGACAAAGUGUAGCAUAUUCUUCAUGUUACCUUAUUGGUCAACAGUUCUUCUUCGGCAUGAUUUAGAUGUUAUGCAUAAUGAGAAGAAUAUUGCCAAUAACAUAUUAUUCACUUUAAUGAACAGUCCAGAAAAAACAAAGGAUAACAUCAAUUCAAGGCGUGACUUGGAAAUUUUGGGCUAUAGAAAAGAAUUACACUUGAGUCGUGAUGGUGAUCGUGUAACAAUACCACAUGCACUUUACACACUACACGGAGAUGAAAUGAAUAAAUUUUGUGAGUGGCUGUCUGAUAUCAAAUUUUCAGAUGGGUUCGCUUCCAAUAUCUCGAACUGUGUUUCUUUACGUGAUUGCAAAAUCUCAGGGUUGAAAAGCCACGACUGUCACGUUUUCCUUCAAAGGCUACUCCCCAUUGCUGUUGGAGGGUAUUUAAGAAGUGACAUUGCCUUGGCUUUGACUGAACUUGGUACUUUCUUCAAAGAGUUGUGCGCUCGAACACUGGAUGUGAAUCGCCUAUCCCAACUCCAAACUGAUAUCGUCACCAUUCUAUGCAAACUGGAGAUGAUAUUCUCUUCUUCCUUUUUCGAUGUUAUGGUCCACCUAGCUGUCCAUUUAUCCCGUGAGGCCAAACUUGGAGGUCUAGUACAAUAUAGGUGGAUGUACCUAUUUGAAAUGUAUCUCGGCAAAUUCAAGCGGUAUGUUAAGAAUAAAGCCAGCCCAGAAGGUUCAAUAGCCGAGGCCUACAUUCACACCGAAUGCUUGGCAUUUUGCUCCAUGUACCUCAAAGACAUUGAGACGAGGUUUCGUCAAGCGGACCGCAACAUUGAUGCUGAUGAAGAGGAAAUAUUAGAUGGGUUCAGUAUUUUCAACCAGAAAGUUCGUCCCUUGGGCAUAGCUUCUAACGUGCAAUUAGAAGAUAAACUCUUUAGGGCAACUAUCUGGUACGUGUUCAACAAUUGUGCGGAGAUUGGACCUUAUAUAGAAAAACAAGGGGUGCGGGUGAAUGACCAUAUGAUUAGGAAUAUGACUUGGUAUAAGGAUGAACCAUUUGUGUUGGCAAGUCAGGCUGAUCAAUGUUUUUACAUAAGAGAUUUAAGGGCGAAAGGGAGUUGGGGUGUUGUGCAGAACUAUACAAAUAGGAAUGUAUACAGCAUUCCGCCACUGCCGAGUGUUCUCGAAGAUAUUGAUGGCGAAUCAAGUACUCAUGAUGCCGAUCAAGAAAAUGAGUCGUCAUACUUUUAUGAACAAAUGCAGUGUGAUAAUACAGAUCAAGUGGCGAUUCCAUUGAACAGGCCUGAUAUACUACCUAGCCAUGUUGAUGUAUGA